AUGAACAAUGCGACUAUGGAAGAUGACAACACCAACACAACACAAGACAAUAUCCUUAUAGACAACAAAAAGGUGCAAAAGCUCAAAUUAUCCUUUGCACAUUUGACUGAGCAAUACAAAGUUAGAGAGCUGCUUAAAAAAAUAGACACAAUUUCAGCUUUAUGUGGCCUGGCUGCGAUUCCUUUAGAAUAUUUUCAGGUAAGUGUAAAUUAGAAUGAGGAAUUCCGUAGCAAUGAUUUUACUUCAAAUCAUAAAGUUUUGACUAUGAGGGUUUUUGAGCUGCUGCUGACUAUUGCGUUGAGUAAAAUUUAAGCAGUUUUUUGUUUGACGAUUAGAUAUAGAGUCAAUAAAGACUUAAUGAGUUUAAGAAAAAGAAACCAAGAAAGUGAUGGCUUAAAUGCUUCAAAUUUUCUGUCAGGGCUAGCAUUAGAAAUAGCGAUUUGCAUUGUGUUCACUCCUCCAGGAUUAGAUUAUACGUUUAGUGGGCAUGUGCUUUCAGGGACUUAUAAGUAUACAUUUUCUGAUGUAGCUUUAGAGAUUAUGAUUUUAAGAAUGUAUUUAUUUUUAAGGCUUUAUGGGCAUUAUUCUAAGUGAAACAGUAACUUAGCAAAAGAUCUGUGCCACAAAUUUGGGACUGACAAUGACUUUAUAUUUGCUAUUAAAUCUGAUAUAAAAGAUAGGCCAUAUACCACUAUAGGUGUAGCCUUAACUGGGCUUAUAAUUAUAUAUGGAGUUGCUAUAAGAACAGUAGAAAGAGGGUUUACCGGUCCAUAUAUGGCAGCUAACAUGGAUCAAUUAUUUAAUGACGAAUGGCUGACUUUUAUCACAAUGUUUACAGUCGGAUACGGCGAUUUCUAUCCCUCUACUCAUUUUGGACGUCUAUUUAGUACAAUAGCUUGUAUUUCAGGGCUUGUCAUUAUUUCUAUGUUUAUCGUCGCCCUGACUAUUACAAGUGAAUUUGAUAAAAACCAAACUUUAGCGUAUAUGGGAAUCAGAAAUAAAGCUAAUGAAGAAAAAUGGUAUGUGUCUGCAAAAGAAGUGAUAAAACAAGCCUUAAUUUGUAAACAGUCACAAGGGGAUCCUGUUAAAAAACUUGGCAAUAUGAUAAAACUAAGACAAAAAGCUCAUAGUUUUAAAAGACAAACAGAACUCAGCAGCUUAAUGGAUAUCACCGCUGCUGAAAUGCUUUACGAUUUGCAAGAAAAACUAGAAGGAAAAAUAGUUUCAACCAAAAAACUUAUUGGCAACGUCCCAAGCUUACAAUUAAAAUGUGCUAACCUCCACAAUAAGCAGCUUGAAAUUGAUAAAAACCUUGAUCAGCUCAUAGAGCAGCAGAAUAAAAUCAUGGACUUUAUCGCCAUCAAUUUAGAAGGAAAAAUGUUAACCUAA